UCCAACUACGUAAUCUCUGUGCCGACAGCUACUUUUUUGUUGGGGGGGAAGCAGGGAAAAAAACCACGUAGACACUUUGUUGUUUUUUUAAAGGGACUCAAAAGAUAUUUUUGUUGAAAGAAAGACUAUUUUUAUGCGGUGAUGUGUGCGGAUGUGAAGUGCUGGUCAACAACGUUGGUCAACCAAAACAGGACAGAAGAGGGGUGCUGAGGGGGGAUCCGAGUUUACCGGUGUCAAGUUUAGGGAAGUUUUCCAAGCAAAAAGACAAAGGAAUUUUAUUGACUUUGAAGUCGUAUCGCUAAAUAAUGGCGAAAAAGUAUGAUUUUCUGUUCAAAUUGCUGCUCAUUGGGGAUAGUGGUGUUGGCAAAACAUGUCUGAUCAUUCGCUUCGCUGAGGAUAAUUUCAACUCCACCUACAUCUCAACUAUCGGCAUCGACUUUAAAGUUAAAACAAUUGAAGUGGACGGCAAGAAAGUGAAACUGCAAGUAUGGGACACGGCAGGCCAAGAGAGGUUCAAGACCAUCACCACAGCUUACUACAGAGGAGCCAUGGGCAUCAUUCUUGUGUAUGACAUCACAGAUGAGAAGUCCUUUGAAAACAUCCAGAACUGGAUGAAGAGCAUCAAAGAAAAUGCAUCAGCAGGGGUGAGUCGAAUGUUGCUCGGUAAUAAGUGUGACAUUGAGGCAAAACGGAAAGUUACUAAGGAGACAGGAGAAAAGCUGGCUAAGGAUCACGGCAUCAAGUUCUUUGAAACCAGCGCCAAGUCAAGUAUUAAUGUUGAGGAGUCCUUUCUGUCAUUGGCAAGAGACAUACUUCACAAAUCCAGCAAGAAACCCGGUCCCACGGGCCGAGAAGUGAAGAUCACCAGCAGCACACAGAAAAAAACCUCCAAAUGUACUCUUCUCUAGAAAUCGGGACACAAACACACUGUGCCAGUCGUCCUUGAACAUAAAAGAAUACAUCAGUAUGAACCAGAUAGACCCAGUCGGUGACAUGUCACCAUCUGGUGUCUCACAUGUCCGCAAUAUGUACAAGGCCUGCUUUUUGUAGUUUCUCCACACAAUUGCGUUAUAUUCCAUUUUUCAAAAGUAAGUGGCAAUUUAUUUCAUCGGCUUUUUGAAAGUCUUCUGAAUUCAUUCCAUGCAUUUCUACUUGUGGCCUGUGCAAUAAGUGUUAGAGCAUUCUACCACUAAAUCCUAAAACAGGACAAGUGGUGUUAUGAGAUGCGCUUUUGUAGUUUUUAUGACAGAUGGUAUGGGCUUUCAACUCUUCAACAUGUUCAACUACCUGUUACUCUUGAGCAUUUCAUUCAUUCUGUUAAAUGUUUAAAAUCAAACAAAAAUGCACACUCGUGGAAAGUAAGAUUAGCCAAAACUAAUUGCAAUAUGUGGAAAGUGAAUGUUAUAUGGAAAGACUGAGCAUGUGGUAGUUUGAGGCAGUCAUAAGUGCAAUAUUGAAGAUGUGAAGAGAAAUGAAUGAUGAAUGGAGCAUGUGAAUGAUUAGGAUGUGAGAUUUGUGAGACUGUUUGAGCAAUUGCUCACUCACUCAAAAGUGCCAUGAUGACAACAGCUCACCAUUUUCUUCCCUGCAAAAACACGUGUCCUGCAUCUUAGUAGGCUUCAAUCUGCCACUGUAUUUGGAUUUGGUUUGUGGUCACAUUUGUGUUGAAUAAAAACUGAAGACAGUA